CUUACGUUAAACUUUGGAUGCAGGACUUUUACCGGUGACAGAGUAUUUUUACACUUUAAUAUUGCUACUUUUUUUUUUUGAGAUUAUUGAGAUGAGAUUCAUGACAAUACAGAAUUAAGGGCAUGACAGGUAUACAUCCUCUUUUCCAACCCAUUCCCUAACUAAUACAGAACAGAACACGCUCAAAAAAAGAGAAUAAAUAAAAUAAAAUAAAAAUAAAUAUAUAUAUGAAAAAAAGAAAAAAGACAAACAAAUAUUAAAACAGACACAACUAAACAAACAAACAACAACAACAAAAAAAAUGAGUAAAGGUUCACAGCAUGACAGUUCUCAGGGGUAAUAGGUAUGUUGAAGGAGAUGGAGAUGAUACAGUCCCCUCCUGAGGGCCCCGGGCCCCAUCAUUUCCAAUGUAGUCCAGAAAAGUAUCGCUACCUUUACUUUACCCUUUCACUUUCAUGCAUACAGGGGACAGUUAGUUAAAGCCAUUUUCCUGUAUAUGCAUGGGUUUUGAUGCUAUAGAGUGGAUCCCUGUUUAUAAAAUGAACCUCCAUUUUUUGGUUUUUCAUGUCUAAAGAGGAAUAUAAACACUUAGGGGGAAAAAGCAGUCAUAAUCCAUGCAUGAAAGGGUUAAAUAAAAGCUUCCUCCACCACUGAUAACAGUAUUUUUCUGCAGGAAUCUCAAUGCUUAACGCCUGUAUGCGGCUGUUCACCGCUGGGGGGCGCCUUUCUCCCUUGGUGUCCGACAGCAGGAUGUCCUGUCUUCUGAUGUAACCGCUAACCUGGAUAUAUCAUCAGCUACCGGCAGCACACCGACGCUGAGACACCGGACAGGACGUGUUGUUGGAUGAUGGAGGAGCAGCGGUGAGAUCCGUCCACAGCAGCGGGACUCACCAGGCGGACACACCGAGGACUGAACGCUCCGUGCGGGGGACAACAGCACACAGCCACCGCUGACCCUCCACUGCUGAACAUAAACACCAUCAGGCUGCUCUCCACCGCACUCCGGGAAAAUACACCUUUAACUGGCAGCUAUGAUGCGUUCAGGCUCCGUGUGGACAUCCAGCUGAAGAACCGGGACUGCAGAUAAACUCCGGGCUGCAGGAAGAAGGAGUGGGAACCAUGACUGGAGAUGGACUGCAGGCGUGAAUAACAAUGACUCCCAUCCUCGCCGUUUGAACAUGCUGCUCGGGUAGCGGAGCCGACCGAGAGGAGCAUCUACCUUCUUCACACUCCUUCCCCUCUGGACAUAAACACACACACGCGCGGCUCAACUCAAGCACAACCAUGCUGAUCAAGGAGUAUCGCAUCCCCAUGCCGAUGAGCGUGGAGGAGUACCGCAUCGCUCAGCUCUACAUGAUCCAGAAAAAGAGCAGAGAAGAGAGCUGUGGCGAGGGCAGUGGCGUGGAGAUCCUGGAGAACAAGCCUUACGAGGACGGCCCCGGCGGCUCGGGUCAGUACACGCACAAAGUCUACCACAUCGGCAAACACAUCCCGUCCUGGUUCUGUGCCAUCCUGCCUCAAGCUGCCCUGCGCGUGGAGGAGGAGUCCUGGAACGCCUACCCCUACACACGCACCCGGUACACCUGUCCCUUCGUAGAGAAGUUCUCUAUAGACAUCGAAACGUAUUAUAAACCAGAUACUGGAAAUCAAGUGGAUGUCUUCAAUAUGUCCUCUGCUGAGAAGAGACAGAGGACUGUAGACCCCAUAGACAUCGUAAAGGACUACAUCCCUCCUCACGAGUACCUGGUGGAAGAAGACCCCAAACUUUACCAGUCAGUCAAAACCAAACGGGGUCCGCUGUCCGACGACUGGAUCGAGGAGAUCAACCAGAAUCCCGGUGAAAGCCCUGUCAUGUGUGCCUACAAGCUCUGCAAAGUGGAGUUCAGAUACUGGGGCAUGCAGUCCAAGAUCGAGCGCUUCAUACACGACGUGGGUCUGCGCAAAGUGAUGGUUCGAGCCCACCGGCAGGCGUGGUGCUGGCAGGACGAGUGGUACGGCCUGACCAUCGAGGACAUCAGGCAGCUGGAGCUGGAGACCCAGCUGGCUUUAGCUAAGAAGAUGGCCCAGUACAGCCUGAAUGAAGAGGGGGGAACAGAGACCAAUGGCUCCUCCGUCAGCCAGGACCAGGAGCAGGAAGCUGAGGCUGUGGGAUCGGCUGCAGAGGCCGAAGGAGGAGGAGGAGGGAAGCUGGGAGAUUCACUGGAGACACGAGGGGAGCUCACUAAGCAGUGGUCGACAUCCUCGAGAUCCUCCAACAGGUCGUCAAAGAGAGGCGGAAGUCCGUCUCACCAGAGCAUUUCAGAGUGGAGGAUGCAGAGCAUCGCCCGAGACUCAGAGGACAGUACAGACGACGAGUUCUUUGAUGCACAUGAGGACUUUUCUGACAACGAGGAUAUGUUUGCAAAGGAGAUCACCAAGUGGAGCUCCAACGAUCUGAUGGACAAGAUAGAAACAAAUGAGGUGGAUGAAGCACAAGAAACUUUAUACCAGGAGUCGGGCGGCGAGUACACAUCGAUGAGUAAUGAGGAGAGGCAGAUGGAGGACUGUUCGACUCAGCAGUGUCUCCAGCCGUCCAAAACUCACGUCCUCGUUCUGGUCCUGCAUGGAGGGAACAUUCUGGACACCGGCUCUGGUGAGCAGAACAACAAGCAGGGAGAUGUAAACACGCUUAGCGGAGCAUUUGAGACGGUGAUGAGGGUCCAUUACCCCGCAGCGCUGGGCCGCAUUGCCAUCCGGAUGGUCCCCUGUCCUGCUGUGUGUGUCGACGCAUUCUCACUAGUCUCCAAUCUCAGCCCCUACAGCUAUGACGAGAGCUGCCUGUCCAGCAGCCAGGACCACAUCCCGCUGGCUGCUCUGCCUCUUUUGGCUACCUCUGCACCGCAGUACCAAGACGCCGUGGCAACCGUCAUCUUACGAGCCAAUCAGGUGUACAGCGACUUCAUCAAGUCUCUAGAGGGAGCGUCAUUUAGUGGGCAGGUGUGUGUUAUCGGAGACUGUGUUGGAGGUAUAUUGGGGUUUGAUGCUCUGUGCAGCAGCUCGGUGACGGUGUCAGAAAGCCAGAACAGCAGCAGACGGGGCAGCGCCAUCAGUGUACAGGACACAGACCUUCUCUCUCCAGGUAUCGUCAUCAACAGCGUCUCUCCGUCCUCGCCGUCCCUUGAAGGAAGCCGCCAUCUCAGCCGCAGCAAUAUCGACAUCCCUCGCUGCUCAGGGCCAGAUGACCCCAAGAAACAACUUCCACGCAAGCGCAGCGACUCCUCCACGUAUGAGCUGGACACCAUCAAACAUCACCAGGCCUUCCUCUCCAGACAAGACCUUGUGUCAGCUCUGCGUCCGGCCUGUCAGCAGGUUUACAACCUGUUCCAUCCAGCCGACCCCUCGGCCUCCCGCCUCGAGCCCCUCCUGGACAAACGGUUCUACCUGCUGCCUCCCUUUAGCGUCCCCCGUUACCAGCGCUUUCCUCUGGGUGACGGACACUCUGCUCUCCUGGUUGACACAGUGCAGAGUAACCCUCAGCUUCUGAUGGAGUCAGCUGGUGCAGCUUCCCACCGCUGUCCGGACAGCACCGUCAACGAGACCUCCAUCCCUGUACCUGUCCUCAACUGGCAGCUCCACACAGAGACGGAAUCUUCUCACUCACAUAUUUUUGUGGACAGCCCGCACCCAUCGUCCACGUCUCCAGGGGUCCCUCACCUCCGCUGCACCCGCCGGGCCAGCGAGGUCAGCAUAGCCAGCCAGGUGUCAGGCUUAGCUGACUCCUACACCGCCUCCAACAUCGCCACCACACACAAACGUGGAGUCAGCCACAGUAAAAGGUCCCGCCUGCUGUCCCAGCUGGCUCUGCCCUACAAUAAGUUGGCCUCUCGGAGCCCGUCACUGCGCUCGGGAAAGACAAUCCGUCGGGUUUUCCCGAAACCCAACGGCAUGGAUUCUGAGCAGAGCUCGGACAUUAGCUCUGACCUCACUGAUGUCACGUCUGACAUCUCAGACAUCAGCUCAGUCCCCCCGUCACCGCGGGUGCUGAAGAACAUAGAGCAAGUUGCUUCUCGGUGGUGGGGCAGUAAGAGGAUGGACUUCGCCCUGUACUGCCCCGAUGCCCUGACAGCGUUUCCCACAGUCGCUUUGCCUCAUCUCUUCCACGCCUCCUACUGGGAGUCCACAGACGUCGUGUCCUUCUUACUCAGACAGGUGAUGAGACACGAGAACUCCAGUAUUUUGGAGCUAGAUGGUAAAGAAGUGUCUGAAUUCACUCCAUCCAAACCUCGAGAGAAGUGGCUCCGCAAGAGGACUCAUGUUAAAAUCAGGACACACACACACACACACACACACACAAAGUUAAGACUAAAACAGCUAAUGAGAGUGAAUAUCAGGCUUCAUCUGCCUGAAUUAACGCUGUGCUCUGUUGUAUUGUUUUUUUGCAGAUACUGGCAGGACCUGGGCUACCUGAUAGUAUACGUAACGGGUCGCCCUGACAUGCAGAAGCAGCGUGUGGUGGCCUGGCUCUCUCAGCAUAACUUCCCCCACGGCGUCGUCUCGUUCUGUGACGGGCUGGUUCACGACCCGCUCCGGCACAAGGCCAACUUCCUCAAAUGCCUCAUCAACGAGGCCCACAUGAGGAUCUUUGCAGCCUACGGCUCCACCAAGGACAUCUCUGUGUACACGUCGAUCGGCCUGCCUCCGUCACAUAUCUACAUAGUGGGAAGACCCACGAAGAAGAUGCAGAACCAGUGUCAGUUCAUUCCAGACGGCUACGCUUCCCACCUCUCCCAGCUGGAGUACAACCAGAGGUCUCGUCCCGCCAAGUCCGCCAGCACCCGCAUGGUCCUCCGCAAGGGCAGCUUCGGGCUGGGUGCAGCCGGCGGAGACUUCCUUCGCAAGCGCAAUCACAUCUUUCGCACCAUUUCCUCCAAGCAGCCCGGCGGGGCGGGGUCGGCCUCUCCCAACCAGCCGGGGCGGACCGAGCGAACCCUGAGCCAGUGCGAGGUGGAGCGGGAUCGAGGGGUCGUGCCGGCCACCCAGAGGAGCAUGAGUAUAGCUGCAGGGUGCUGGGGUCGCACCGGCAGCACCAAGGAGGGCAGCAGUGGGUUACUGGGCCCUAAAUAAGGUUCAGUGAGGAGCUGUGGUGUGAAAGGACCCGGCCUGAGCCACCAUGAUCUCUGGAGCAGACACAGAGAGAAGAAGAUGGAGCGGAUGGAGGGUUUGUAUUUUAGAAAUUAAAGAGAUAAGUGAGGGUAACAGCUUUAUAGAGAUAGAGAAGGAUCUGUCCGGGAGGAGUGGACUAAUCAGGCCCAGUGGGAUCCAGCGAACAAAAGACAAUUCUGUAGCAUGACUCUUUUACAGUAAUACUUUUAUAGGAUACAUCACUUACUAUUCAAAAAAAAAAAAGACAAGAAAGGAUUAAAUGAAAUAUUGUAAGCCUUAAACUAAUCUCGUAUAACGGGACCCCUCCUCCCCUUUUACCGCACACACACUCGUAAAGACUGUCCAAGCAUUCACACUCUCAUGAGCUCAGGACAAACUGCAGAGCCAGAUUCAUCUUCAAACACGGGUCUGAGCCAUGGCAAGGAGCCCAUGACUUUCACUUCUGUUUCUGUCCCACUGUCAGCUGAGCUACAACAUGUUCAAACACUCUGCCCAGAAGUGACUGGCAAUAAGAACAGAGUGCAGAAUACACAGUCACUUCAUCCAAUUUACACAUCAGACAUAUUUACUCACCUUCCUCCUGUGGUGUCUAAUCAUGCUCAUAGUUUUGGGUUUAUGUGUGCAGGAUUUGAUUUGUCACAGAUUACAGCAUCCACCUUAAUACAAGUAAUGAUGACACUCGGUUUGGAAGGACAUUGUGUUGAAUUUUCAGCCACUACUGACGACAAAAUCUGGUCUGUUUGGUCAGUCCGCACUGAAAUAUCUUUUAAACUUGAUGAUGAUUUUUAAAUUUAAAUUUGUUCAAUACUUUUAUGACCAAAUAGCAAAAGUAAAGACAUUCCCAUUAUCCUCAACUCAACAUUGUGUCUUCAGUAGUGUUAGCAUACUUAGUGUUAAUUUUGGCAGUUAUUUUAGAUUUAGUCUUAGUCUUUAGACAGAAGGGCUUUUAAGUCUAGUUUUAGUUGAUAAAAAGUCAAUACAUUGAACUAAUUCACCAAGGCAAAUACAGGUAUCAGAAAUUUGAAUCAAGUUGACAGGUCAUAUCAAGUGUUGAAAUUCAUGAAAGCAGCAUUUCACACGUUUAUUUAUUUAUUAUCAAAGUUCUAUUUCUUGUCUUUGUUGUGGAAAGAGGCUGCUGACAAACAUUUUUUGUCAUCGAUUUUGUUAAGGCGAUAAAUACUGCAUGCUAAUACGCUAAUCUAAGAUGUUGGACAUGGUAAACAUUACACCUACUAAACAUCAGCGUGUUUGCAUUGUCACUAGUCAGGUUUCCAUUCAACUGUAAAGCAAAUUUUUAUGCAAACUUUUGAAUUGUCGCCAAAAAGAAAUAUGAAUUAUGCAUGUUUCAUUUGGAGCGAAUCAACUUGGUGACACAAAAAGAAAGAAAAAACAAUCGAAGUCAAAACAAGUCGCCUCUGCGAUCUAAACCAUGUACGAAAGAAAAAUGGCGACAGGUCUUAGGGAAUAUGUUUCACUUGGGCAAGUUUAAUUGAUCUGUCAUAUUAGCUAAUAUUAGCCAUUUUUCAUGCUGUCCAGAAAUAAAGACAAAUUAUGUCGUUUGUGAAAUAUCCAGGAAACAACAACAGUGGAAACAGCUAAUUCUAAUCAGAUGUUUGCUACAUCACAACUUAUUUAGCAUAGGCCUUUCCAGGUCCCAUUUAGCACAUCAAAUCUUUUUCGACAAAGACAGAAACCAUGAGUGUAAAAAAUACUCAUGCAGUUUUUCUAGUGUGCUAUCUUAAGCUGGCUCAAGUAGAGCUUCACAGAGCAGCUAGUAUGGCCACAGAAUCACGGACAGUCUUAUUUAUACCACAGCUGCAUUGAGGUGGAGACAGAAAUCUUAAAAAACUGGGCAAAGCUAUCUGCAGAUACCACCAGAGGAAAGUCAGAAAUAUGUACUUUUUUGUAAUUUGGGUGAACUGAUCCUUUAAACAUCUCAGAGCUGGUUUUAAAAUCAUCACUUCUCAUGUUCCUCACCAUGUGUUUAAAAGCAUAAUGGCUAGUUUUCAUCCUGCGGUCGGUGUGUGUGAGACUCUGUAGUAUUAUUAUCCCUUUCAGUGUGGCCUCUGGGCCAUCCAAGGCCUUAAUAUUCAACAACACACUUUCUCCACAGAUGGAACAGAAAGCAGACAAACAGGGCAUGCAGAAUUAAAGCAACAACUGAAACUCUGUACAGUCCACAGCAACAAUCCCUUUAUAUAUUCAUCUGCUUGCAAUACCUCUGAAUCACCUGCUGGUGGUGUUCUGUUCCCCACGUGCUGCUGCUGCUGCUGCUGGGAGACACUUGUGAGCUGUUCCCCGGCUUCUUGCUCUUUUAGCGCGUAGGACGCCGAACAUGAAGGACCUGCAGAGGAGCUGAACUCUGGGAGGGACGGAGGCAGUAUUUCAACAUAGCUUUCACUCACAGAGACCUGUUAAUCUUUCAGUAUUUUUACUAAUUGGACUGAAGAGUGGGCUGGAAGUGAUUCAGCGUGAAUGUUGAACAGACUGGAUCGAUCCUUUUGGUGGUGAAUGUGGAAAAAAAAUCAUGAGAGCAAACAUCAUGUCAUCGCUUCUGUCUGUUGAACUGUAUAUUUUCAUACAAAGGGGACGUAGUAGAAGAGGAAGGAGCCGCCUCACAUCUCCAGUCCAAAAACACAAGUGAUGUGCACAAAAUAGUUUCCAAUGCUGAUGCCACCCGCGCUCAUCAGGACAGGUUCACAGGUCUUAAAACAACAGACAGGUGCCCGUAUUAACAGUGGAGCAUUAUUUGCAUGCUGUAAUCAUCCAACUGUUCAUACUGGAGAUCAAAAGAUUUCUAAUGUGCUUCCACUGUAAGUGAUGAAGAACAAAAUCCACCUUGUUCUGUGCAAAAAUGUAUCAAAUCUUUAGCUGACGAUGAAGCUAUAUAAAGUGUCAGCAGUCAGAGUUAGUCAAAUCAAGUGGAUUUAUUCCAGAGUUAAAGAUAUUUAGUAUGAAAUUAGAUGAAAAUAAUGUUUUGUACUGAGUCUGCUCUCCUAACGGAAGAUGUGCUGCUGUCUUUACACUCUAGAAACCAUGCCAAUUUAUUGUUUUGAUACUCUCAGACUCAAAUAAGAUAGUUUGUAAAUGUGUGGUGGUUCCUCGUGUGGGUGGUAGUUCAUUUAUUCAUUUAUUUGGAUCCCCAUUAUUCACUACCAAGAUAGCAACUUCUCUUCCUGGGGUCCUCAAAUGUGUAAUGUUGUUUCUUUGUCUUUUUGUUUAGAUUUUUACUGUUGUUUACUUUUGUGUUUGUUUUGUCCUGUUCAUUCUCUUUUUUACUUUUCCUCUUCCACAUGCUUUUGUUCUGCGAAUAUAACACUGGAAGAUGGUUGUUAAGUAUAAUCCCAUAGGGGGAUUGGCCAGACUCUAAAAUAAAAAUGAAUGAAUGAUGUAGUAAGCAGUCAGGGGAACACCUUAAAUGGUUUAAAUUGCAUCGACAAUAUAAAUCAGCAUCAGUUAUGAUUGCUAAUUUUCAUAUUUUUCUGUUGCUGACCCCUGUGGUGUACCCCAAGGCUCCAUCCUAGGUCCUGUUUUAUUUAAUCACAUAUGCGUCUAAUGGGCUAUGACGAUGACAUGCAACUUUACUUCCCCUUUGAAAGCAAGCAAAAAAACAUAACCUAAAGGCCCUUUAUAAGCUACAUUUUUUAAAGUAAAUUAGAAGGGUGUAGACUCAAAACGAGUUUCUCUUGGGCCUCUGUCUUCUGUCUUUUGGUACAUAUGUCUGAAAUCUGGAUGCAAUUUUUGACACAGUGUCAGAAUCUGACAAACAAUAAAGUUCUGUCAGUAUCAGGA